AUGUACCCGAUACCUGGGGCCCAUACUCCGCAUUACCAACAUACUCCAGAUUAUCAGCAGAAUAGCGGGCCGUAUCAUGCUUUACUCGGGACAUCAAGUCCAACCUGGCGAGACCGUUUGCCUAUUACUCAGGAUCCCAUUGUUCAAUACAGGGAACUGGACCUCCUCACUCGGCAAGGUGUAUUACCAGCUGCAUAUAAUGACGAAACUGCAAAGCUGCCUGUCUCCUCCAAUCAUGGUUCUCAGGACCAAUCAGCAAGACGUCAUGCGCCUCCAUUACCUGCACGACUUAUGACGAUACCCGAUUUGGAUUGUGCAUCACAACUAAGUUCCAAUCAUUCUCCCCCGAAAGGUAGUAUGUGUUCGACCAGAAGUAACUUUUCGAUUGCUUCGGAUGGCGAAACAAACAGUUCAGACGCCUCUAAACCUCAGAUCAAACGCGAUGAGGAUUCGGGGGAGCAUGAGAGUGCUGAGGAGACAACAAGUGAAGAAGAGGGUGAAGAGGAGGCCGAAUCAGAAGAAGUCCAUCUUUGUCAGGUAUGUGGUGAUCGGAGCAGCGGAAAACAUUAUGGCCAGUUCACAUGUGAAGGCUGUAAGAGUUUCUUCAAACGUUCAGUGCGUAAAUCGGCCUCUUACGUAUGUCGUUCAGAGGGUCAAUGUCCCGUAGAUGCACAGAGAAGAAACCAGUGCCAAGCUUGUCGGAUGACGAGAUGCUUAUUAGCUGGGAUGAAAAAGGAAGGUGAGUCUGGAGUAUGUGAAAUGACUUGCACAUCUUCGUGGCUGAAUCAGAACCAGGCAUUAGACAACACUCCUUGUAGUUUAGCGACAAAUGAAGCUCCGACAUUGGUAGAAUCGGAGUUGAUGACACCUUACUUCUUCCCGUUGGAAUCGGUUCAACGGGCUCGCGUUUCCACCAUGUUGCAGGCUUCGUUCCCACAGAAUUAUACAACUACACAUUCCUCCGCUAAUCAGAGGAGUGAGUUUACUGCGAUGAGGUAUGAUCGGAACGCGUUGUAUCAGGCUAGCAACCUGGCAAACCGACAACAGUAUUCCUCCACUGACUACAACGCUCUGUCUUCCUACACACAUGCCACUCAAGAAACAUCUAUCAAUCUUGACGCUAACCGUUUUUCGUCGGCCGCACUUGCAGCUGCAGCUCGACGAUUCGCCUCUGCUGCAGCUUUCUCCACUGCGGUCGGUCAAGAUACCGGCUAUUUGAUUGGACAUCGCACAUUACCUCAUACUCUGGAGACGUCGACUUCCAGACUUCCACUUCCAAACUCACUCGUUCACAUGCAGCCUACGGUUUAUCAUUCUGAGGGAAAUCUCAACCUUUCUGGUAUCUCUGCGCUGACGAAGGUACCUCCAGGUGGUACUCAGCAGGCCUACCCAUACCCAUGGGAUUCACGUGCUCCUCAUGUCAUCUACCAGGGGACAACCACUUCUACAAGACCUUAUCAACUUACUCCACCGUCUCAAAUUUUCUGGAACCCCUCAGUAAGUUGCCCAGACGGUAGUCUGACUCACAAUUCAUGUCCAAAACUGAAGCUGCCUCCAGGCUCGCCGUCGCCCUCCACGACUACCAAACAGCCAUCGUUCGGUCCGGACUCAUCGUGCCCUGGACAAAUACCUACAACCAGCGAAACGCGGCGAGUUUAUCUCGGCCCGUUAGAUGUGAUUCGAGAAUGGCUCCAACGACUACAGUUCCCGUCUGGUGCUGAACCUCAGUCAAAUCUCGCCGCAUGCGAACGAAGCGCCCUACAAGCCUUACAACCUAUCAACAGGUUGAUUAGACGACUCUAUGCAGACCGCCGAGAAUGGAAACGCCAUUGUUUUGCCCACUGGAGUCAGGAUGAUGAGGAAGAUGGAGAGUGCGAUGAUGUCGGGCUAAAUGAGCAGUGGUUACUCGCCUCAAGUUACGAAGACCAGCUUCCGGGAACUACGUGCUCGAGUGCAGUUGCCCAGUCCCCGGAUACCACACAAAUGAUAUCAGUUGAAUUAGACGAAUUGGAUAGACAGAAACUGGCACGUCAUGGCAGCGUGAUAUUGAGCAUUCUAGCUGAGAUCGAAGUAGAAACUCGGAGGUCAAAAGUAGUUUGCCAAGAGCACAGAUGGACCAAGGGAUUAGAGCGCGAAUUUACUGACCGGGUUCUGUCCGUGGUUCGAACCCGACCUCUGCCACUCGACUUACCCUGUCUAGGCUUGGGCAACCUGGCAGUAUCUCAGCCCUCGUGCCUCCUUCGUAUGGCAUGGCAGCUAGACACAGAAAGGGUGCUAUAG